GGCCGGAGCGGCGGCGGGCGCCGGGGCGGCAGCGGCGUGGAGAGGAGCGGUGCUGCUCCGCUCCGCUCCGCUCCGCUGCCGGGCGGUAGGCGUGUUCCGCGCUUCGGCGGAAACAAGAAACGGGAAAGGAAAGGAGCGGCAGUGGGAACCGGUGUCAGCGGCCACCAUUAGCGGCGGCAGGAGGAGGAGCGGCAGCAGCAGCCGCGGGGGGCUGCAGGCGGAGCGGAGCCCGGGUGCCGCCGCCGGCAGCGAGCGGGAGCGUGCCCGCCGCCUCGCCCUUCUGCUUUGUGGGGGGUCGCCGCUGCCCGCCAUCCCGCUGGGGGCUUCCCCGGAGCCGGGGCGAGAUGGAGCAAUUAUCAGAUGAAGAACUUGACCAUGGUGCGGAAGAAGAUAGUGAUAAGGAAGACCAGGAUCUGGACAAGAUGUUUGGGGCCUGGCUGGGGGAGCUGGACAAACUCACACAGAGUUUGGAUACAGACAAGCCUAUGGCACCAGUGAAGAGAUCACCUCUUCGUCAGGAAACCAAUCUUGCCAACUUCUCAUAUCGCUUCUCUAUGUACAAUUUGAAUGAAGCCCUGAAUCAGGGGGAGACGGUGGAUUUAGAUGCCCUCAUGGCUGAUCUCUGUUCCAUAGAGCAGGAGCUCAGCAGCAUUGGGUCUCAUUCAGCAAACAAUGCUGCAGUGAAACGCCUUGCCGCAGAAUCCAAAGCUCAGAAACCACCUGCUAGCCGACCUUCUACUAAGCACAGCAGCAUGAAAGGAUUAUCCUCCUCAUCUGGUAAGGCAACUAAACCAUCACAUGCCAAUGUAUCUUUGGAUGACAUCACUGCACAGUUGGAGAAGGCCUCUUUGAGUAUGGAUGAAGCAGCCCAACAGUCUGUUGCAGAAGACACCAAACCAGUAGUUACUGCUCAGCACAGGAGGACAGCAUCUGCUGGCACAGUGAGUGAUGCUGAGGUGCGCUCAAUCAGUAACUCCUCCCGUUCCAGCAUAACCUCUGCAGCUUCCAGCAUGGACUCCUUGGAUAUCGAUAAGGUGACAAGACCUCAGGAACUGGACUUGACAUCACAAGGACAACCAGUCACUGAGGAGGAACAGGCUGCUAAACUCAAAGCUGAGAAGAUUCGGGUUGCGUUAGAGAAGAUUAAAGAGGCACAAGUGAAAAAGUUGGUGAUCAGAGUCCAUAUGUCUGAUGACAGUUCAAAAACAAUGAUGGUGGAUGAGAGGCAGACUGUGAGACAAGUAUUAGACAAUCUGAUGGACAAAUCACAUUGUGGUUACAGUUUAGACUGGUCAUUGGUGGAAACCAUCUCUGAAUUGCAAAUGGAAAGGAUCUUUGAAGACCAUGAAAAUUUAGUUGAAAACCUCCUGAAUUGGACAAGAGAUAGUCAAAACAAACUAAUGUUUGUGGAACGUAUAGAGAAAUAUGCACUUUUCAAGAAUCCCCAGAACUAUCUUCUGGGGAAGAAAGAAACCUCUGAGAUGGCAGAUAGAAAUAAAGAGGUGCUGCUAGAGGAAUGUUUCUGUGGAAGUUCUGUAACCGUGCCAGAGAUUGAGGGAGUUUUGUGGCUGAAAGAGGAUGGUAAGAAGUCUUGGAAGAAACGUUACUUUCUUCUUCGAGCUUCUGGAAUCUACUAUGUCCCUAAAGGGAAGGCAAAGGUCUCACGGGAUCUUGUGUGCUUUCUACAGCUAGAUCAUGUCAGUGUUUACUAUGGACAGGACUAUCGGAACAAAUAUAAAGCUCCCACAGACUAUUGUUUAGUGCUAAAGCAUCCUCAGAUCCAGAAGAAAUCUCAGUAUAUCAAAUACCUUUGCUGUGAUGAUGUAAGAACUCUACACCAAUGGAUCAAUGGCAUCCGCAUUGCUAAGUAUGGGAAGCAACUAUACAUGAACUAUCAGGAAGCAUUGAAGAGAACAGAGUCGGCAUAUGACUGGACCUCCUUGUCUAGCUCCAGUAUCAAGUCAGGCUCCAGCUCGUCUAGUUUGCCAGAAUCUCAAUCAAAUCAUUCUAAUCAGUCUGACAGUGGAGUUUCUGACACCCAGCCAGCUGGACAUGUCCGUUCCCAAAGCAUUGUCAGCUCCAUGUUCUCCGAGGCCUGGAAACGAGGCACUCAACUGGAGGAAUCCAGCAAGGCCCGAAUGGAGCCUGCGGGUCGGCCCUUCUUGUCUGUCGCAGCUCCUGUGUCCCCGCAGACAAAAGUGGCGACCCCCUACGCAGCAUCACAGCCGUCCCCACCGCUGCCCCCGCCGCCCCCCCCUCCCCCGCCUCCCCCGCCCCCCCCUCCCCCACCCCCGCCCCCCCUUCCCAGCCAGGCCGCCCACUCUGCGGGCUCCCCCGCCACCAUGUUUGUCAAGUACAGCACCAUCACCAGGUUGCAGAACGCUGCCCAGCAAGGUGGGCCCUUUUCCAAAGCUCCUGCUGCACAGCAGGCCCCCCCGCCCACCCCCCCCCCAGGAAAGCUUCAGAUCCUGGUGCCCCCCAACGGGGUCAUGCCGCCCCCCCCGCCUCCCCCACCUCCCCCCACGCCAGGCUCUGCCAUGGCACAGUUGAAGCCGGCACCUUGUGCCCCCUCUGUGCCCCAGUUCACGCCGCCGCCACCGCCCCCCAAAAUCCAUCAGGUUCAACCAAAUAUAAGCCAGGCCGCUGCCACCUCCUCCUUGCCACCACCUCCUCCUCCUGUGCCUGCCCCCCCCCCACCCCAGGCACCCCCGAAGCCCCUCAUGGCAGCUCUCCCCCCACAGCCUAGUGGGAAGGCAGCAUCGCCAGGGAUCACGCAUGUCGCCCCCCCUGUGCCAGCUCCCUUGCCCCUUCCAAUAAAGAAACAACCAAGUGUCACCUCUCCACAGGUGCCUCCGCUGCCCCCAGCCCCUCCUGGCCCCGCUCCCCCCCCAACAUUCCCAAAGCAGCAGAGCUUCUCUGUGAAGCCCCCUCCAUCCCCUCAGUCCCCGGUGCCAUCGGUGGUGAAACAGAUAGUUAGCCAGUUCCCACCUCCUCCCACCCCACCUGCCGCUGAGCCCCAGCCUCUGAAACCCCUGCCACUGAGCGUGGCCCCGCAGUCACCUCCAGCAGUGAAGGCAAAGCCCAAAUGGCAGCCUGCUUCUGCUCCCUCACCAGAUUUCCCCCCUCCUCCGCCAGAGAGCAGCUUAGUGUUUCCUCCUCCACCUCCUUCCCCAGCUUCCUCUGCAGGUUCUCCCCCCCCUGACAAAUCAGGGUCUCCAGUCAAAAAGACCAGCAAGACAUCAAGCCCUGGAGGGAAGAAACCACCUCCGACACCUCAGCGAAACUCCAGCAUCAAGUCCACCAGCUCCACUGAGUACCACGAGUCCAAGAGACCUUCAGUGGACCGCCUUGUCAGCAAAUUUGCACACCCACCAGAGCCCUCAGGGUCUCCUUCCAAGGAGUCAUCGCCUCCUGCAGCCCCUCCAAAGCCAGGAAAGCUCAACCUUUCUGGGGUGAGCCUGCCCAUUGUCCUUCCGCAAGGAGGGAUCCCGGCCAAGGCUUCUGCUCUGGGCGCGUCUGGGAAGGAACCUGUGGUUGAAUUCCCUUCCCCGCCAUCUGAUUCAGACUUUCCGCCGCCACCACCCGAAAUAGAUCUUCCUCUCCCGCCAGUCGAGAUCCCGUCCGUGUUUACAGGCAGCACCUCCCCAAAAGUCGCCGUCGUCAAUCCCCAGCCUCAGGCAUGGUCCAAACCAUCUGUGAAAAAAGCCCCGCCACCCACCCGUCCCAAGCGGAACGACAGCACUCGACUGACGCAGGCAGAGGUCGCAGAGCCACCAGGGUCAGCUGGCCCUCAAGUGCCCACUUCACCCAAGUCCAGCCUUAGCGUUCAGCCGGGAUUCCUGGCAGACCUCAACCGGACGCUGCAGCGGAAAUCCAUCACCCGGCACGGCUCCCUCUCCUCUGCGCGCAUGUCCAGAGCAGAGCCCACGGCCACCAUGGACGACAUGGCCCUGCCUCCGCCUCCGCCGGAGCUGCUGGCCGACCAGCAGAAGACCAGCAGCUUUGGGGGCGGUCAUAUAUCUGGCUAUGCAACGUUACGGAGGGGGCCGCCCCCCGCACCUCCCAAAAGGGAUCAGAACACCAAGCUGUCGCGGGACUGGUAGUCAGUCCCCAGGGGCCGGUGCUCUCCGUGACUUGCGGGCCGCUCCGUGAUCGGCCAACCUGGGUGAUCUUGAGCGCCUGGAGAGAAUGUGGGGAUGUGGAUGCUAGCCCCACCCAAAAGAGGUGAUCUCAAACCGUAGCUAAGGCUUAACGUAAAGACAUUCCCCUUUCAUGGCUAGGCCAAAAAAGCUGGGGGCUUGGGGGUGUUGGUGUUUGAUUGGCAAAGGUGAGUAGGGAGGCAUUGACUUACCCUUUCAAUUUCUUUUACCUUUCACAUGGAUUGGACCAAACCCCCAUUUUCUUACUUUUUCUGCAUUUAGGGGAGGGGGGGAGAUAAUUUUUUUGUAGUGUCUGUCCACGUGAGACAUGUUUGUGCAUGUAUUAUAAGUGUAGGUAUAUAAUAUAUUGUGAUAUAUUUCGUCGCAAUUAUAGAAGAUAACCAGAAUGUUUUUGUAGAACCGUAUUUAUUGUUUCAGUCACUAUAUUACCUGGAAUUGGACUCUGUGACUAGUCAAAUCUUACCCCAGAGAUGAAGAUGAGGGGGCACUUUAAACAAAGGAAGAAAAACAAAACAACCCACAAACCUUUUGGCGGUUUGCGGUGGGUAAGUGGUGCAGAGCUGAGGCGUUCUGCUAGUCACUGUACGUUGUCCGUUGAUUGGAAAGUACAGAUGCAACAUACCAAAACAUUCUGGUCAUAAUACUACUGAAAAUGAGUAUGUUCUGAGGAAGAAAAUACAUUUUAUAUAUAGUGGGCUGGAGUGAAAUAUAUUUAUACUAUAAAGAGCCUCCCCCUCCCUUCCAAAUAGUUUAAAAAUAUACACCGCUACAAAUUAUUUUAGAGUUAUUUGCCCGUGCAGUAAGUAGGAUAAAUAUAUAUUAUUCCAAUCCAUUAUGCACUCUAACGUUAUAGUAGGCUCAAUCAUUUGUUUCUAUGGCUCAAGAUGAAGUUAUUUGUGUUAACCCCUUCUGAAAGCUGCCAGGACUCCUGCAGUCGACGCCGACCCACAGGGCUGAGCCAUGCCGAUACAGCACUUGUACGUGUAAUUCUUUCUCUGAAUGCACAGGUAGGUUUCUGUAGAGAGCGUUAUGGUCUCACACAAGCACGGACAGCAUACCGUCUCACCUUGUCUGUGCCUGGUAAGAUGUGGUGGUGUUACAAAAAGAAGUGGCUGGAAGCAGUUAAAGAAAGUAUUGUCUGUAAAUAAUUAGGAACUGUCAGGAAACUUUCCCUUCUAGAGAGAAGGGAGUGAUAAUUUCAGGCCAAGUGGGAAUUAUCUCUCUCCUUUGACCUGCCAGAGAUUGCAAUCAAUGCAUAAACCCGUCAAUUACAAAGUUGCACUUCUAGCAGUGAAGGGAGAAGACUGGGGAAAAAAAAAAAACAAAACAAAACAAAACAACCAACCUUGAGAGGCAAUAACAUUUGCUAAUAAUUUAAUUUAAGGGCCCACAUGAGUAGGAAAUAGAUUAUCAUAUUUGCUUUGGAUUUCUCGUUUGUCACUGAUUGACAGUCGAUCACCAGAUCAAGUACUAGAGUCCUUUUUCUUGUAUUUCAGUAGCUUGAUUGUACGGGCUUACCCAAGUAUUGGGAGGUUGUGGUCAGGUGGUGGAGUCUUAUCUAUCCUGCGAGUUCGUUGCAGGGUAGCAGUACAUGACUUUUGUAAAGUAGCUACAGUACUUGGGCUGGACCUACCCCAUCUUCAGUUGUUACAGCUUCCCUCGUCACACGGGGAUACUGUCAGGGCUCAGAUGGCAAAUGAUUUUACUGUUUACCUCUUCUCCAAAAGUAAAUUUUAAAUGCUUUCCUUCCCCCAACGAAUGAAACAAAGGACGUAGCUUGACCUGACAGUAUCUUCGAGCAUGUAAAAAAGAUGUAAACUAAUCCCUCAGUAGAGAAUUCAGGCUAAUAGAUUUAAGAAAUAUUGUGACAGUGUCCCCCAUUGCUUUUUUUCUUUAUUUUAUAAAGUGUUUUUAAAAAAAUCCAAAUAAUAAAAUAAAUGCCUUUGUGAAUAAUUUAUGAAUAGGAAAAAAAGCUUUGCUAAUUAGAGAGGAAAAAUGACACAUCUAUAACUAUAUAGUUUUAAAUAAGUGCAUCGUGAAAAGAGAAAAAUUAAUGGUGCUGUCUGCUGACCUGUGUCAUGAUUUUUUUUUUUUUUAAAUAUGUUUCAGCACCUCUGGAAAUUGUUUUAAUAUUUCAGACUAGUUUUUUUGAGCAAUAAGAGUAUAUACCAUUGUGUGCAUUUUUAAAGCACUGCUAUGGAAAGGCACUUUUUUGUAUCUUUCAAAUUGUUCACAAAGUUUUGUUUCUACUAUUUUUGUGCUUAUAAAGUGUCCUUAAAAGCAUUUGCAUUGUUGAUUUUAGGCAUGCUCAGUGCAGCUGGCGAAUAACUUCUCAGGGAGGUUGUUAAGCUAGACUGCAAUUCACGGGUGCUGUAAUUCUCAACGUGGGUCCUCCUGCUGCUUUGUACUGUCUGCAGCUCCCGGGGCUCGUCCCCUGCGGUGGAGCCAAGGGGGCGCAGGUGCCGCCCUGCCUCCGGCUGUUUCCGAGGACGGUGAGUGCGUGUGUUCUCCUCUUCCCUGGCAAGGUGCAUCUGGGCUGGUGCAGUGUGUGCUCCCAGGUGGGAGCUGUCAGGGAAUUCUGCUUGCCCAGUCUGUUUUUCUUUUCCCCCGAGACGGCUCAGCUGGUGUGUGUCAGUUCCAGCCCUCUUCCUCUCGUUGGUUCCGUGCGGGCACCUCUGGGCUUUGGACUCGGCAGAGCAAUGGCUUGAGCGCAGCUUCUUCAGAGGCAUUUGAGCUUUGAUCUCACUGUCCUGUGCCCAAGUUGGGUGACGACGAUUCCAUGCUUACUGCUGCAGGCUGCUAUCUCCUUGCAGGGAGAUAGGAGUUUUAAGUUUGCAGCAAAAAGAAUGAGCGUGGGCAAAGGUGGCACCCUGUAUCCCUUUUUGUUACAACUUACUUCCUAAGUCGGUAGUGAUACAGAAAUGUAGGGAGUGGCUGGAGCCUGCUUUCUUUUAGCUGAGCAUGAGCACUGACAUGUGGCUACAGUGUGGGUCAGACAACCUGGUUGCCUUUUCAGCUUAGGAGACCCCUCAUUGUAACUUGCUUUUCCAGUGUUAUUUACUGUUUUUGUGACAGUAAAUAUUGAUGCCUUAUUUGCAAGUAAGUUAUUUUUCUCUGCGUGCACUGGUCUCGUAAUUGCACCAUUAUAUAUUUAUUUAAAUCGGAAAACAAAGGAGCCAGAUCUCAGACACACAGCAAGAAACUUCCUGCUACAAACAUGGGCUGUAAUCCUUUUGGCACUAUUAAAAGGAGCAUGUGAGAGUUGAGCUUUCAUACUCUGGACACAAAGAUAGCAGAUGCUUUAGAUCCUAAAAUCCUAAUGAUGUGAUGGAGCAUACGGCCUUUGACACUUGCUGAGGUGGGUGCUGGGAAAAGCCCUGCUGCUGCAGGGGCAGCUGAGAGCAUACAGCUGCAUUUGUUGAUCUGUGCCAGAUUUGGUCUUCGUUUCCCCUCUGCCGUGCAGCAGCAGCACCCACCUCUGAGCAGCAGCAGGGCCCCUCCCGUUCUGCCAGGUUUCUCUGUGCCUGCAGCACAGGCGUGUGGAAAGCAGGGAGCUGGGCUCCGACACCCUCAUUGUAGUUCAGGUCUCGGGGAGUUGCUUUUGAAUGGAGAACUCGGCUCUUACAUCAGCACUAAUCUGAGAGGAGAAAUUAUUUUAAAAGCCCAAACCCCACAGGUUCUAAACCAACUGUUUGAGGUGGAUAGGCGGGGGGUGUUCCAUUCAGUCUUUUAAAACCUGGGGUUGGGGGAGGAGGUUAAGGCAUAAGUCUCACCAAAAAGUAACCCUGUUAUUUUCUGUGGAAGAGAAAAGCUCCUGCUUCGCCCUGUGCAGUGGUUUCCUCCUGCAGCAAACCACCACCGCUUGCUCCGACUUGGUGCGUGACCUCAAAGCCAAAGAGCUCCUCUCCAGAACUUACUCUGCAGAUUUCCUGCAGGGCAACAGCGACUGACUGACGCAUCAGGGAAACAAAGUGAAGGUACCUGGAUCCUUUAGGUUUCAGGUCUGAUGGGAGAGGGAGCAGUUUUUUCAACAAGUGCAUUUUAAGAUUUACUGUUCUGGACUUGCACAUUUAAAGGUUUUCUAAUUUCUUUGUUCUGAGCCCUCAGGCAACCAGAUAACUCGGAUCAGCUCAGAGAUACAGUGUGGCCAGUUUUCCUCUGAGUUAAAAUUGUUUUUUCCACUGUUAAUUGGUUCCUUUAAGUGCCGUUUCAACAGCAGAAGGGCAAAAGAGAAUUUUCCUGCUUAUUACAGAAAACUGCAUAAAACUAAGUGAUUUCAGCGGUACGACUGCAGGUAAAUCAGUUUGUUAUUCAAAAUAAUAAGUGGGUCUUACUAUGCCUAUUACUUCAGAGUCACGUUAACAUCAGUUGCACUCCAGGAAAGCAAUGUAAAUUCCUGACAAAGUAGCGGGGACACAGCCAGACCAUGCAAGUUUGGGGUUGUUGGUUUUUCUUUUUUUGCUGUUAAAGUGUAGACUAUGUACUUGUUCAAACAGUGCUCCUCGUUUGGAGGUGAGGGGAGUCUUACUUCUUUAGGGGAAGAGAUGUUUUCUCAAAGCCUGUUUGUGGCUCCUGGUGUCUAGCUUUGCAUUCCCUCGUGCAAUCAGGGCAGGCUCCACAUCAGAGCGGAUUGAACACUACAAGGGAUAGUUUCUCUCAGACUUUUUUGUAAUGUGCUGGUGGGUUUUAAGCUUUUAUUUUGGAAUUAUAAAUAAGUUUGACUAAAGCUGAGUAAUCAUCCUUUCUGAAUUCUUUUUUUCCUUCAAUUAAAAACCCCACCCCUGAAGACUGACAAACCAGUGCAAUGUUGCAGGGGGUCAGCACUCACUGUGAGCCAAGGAGUCACAGGCUUUGUCUAGGUUUGAAAAGUUUAAGACACUAAACUGCCAGUGAGGGGCCAACACACACUUAUCCCUCACAAUGUAAAUUAACUGCCACUGACAUGGGAAAAAGCGAUGUUGGGUUGAUGGUUAUUUGGUGCUCUGAGCCACUCGACAGGGCAAGGACUAGGUGAGCUCUCUGUUCAUCAGAAGUGUGUAUCUUUGGUGAGGAGAGCUGGAGAAGUUGGCAGCAGAGGAGGAACUAGUGCGAUCGGCACAGUCCCCCACAGCAGGGGUUUAGUGAGGGAAAGGAGUGAGAAGGUGAGCGAGAGAUUCCGGCCACACCUCUGCCCCUUAUUUCAGUGCUUAAAGAUGACUCGUCUUUUAGGAGGCUGAGGAAUUGAACCAACUGUUCCCUUACGGUGGAAAAUCGUUUCCUCCCACCUUUCCCAAGAGGCCAAAGACACAUUCAGAGCUAAAUUCCAGGUACGCAGCUGUGCUCGCCCCAGGCAGAGCUGCCAGGAGCUGAAGUGCUGUGCCCUCAGCCCCUGUGCAGCUCUUGCCUUCAGCCAGGGCUGGUGCCUGGGCACACGCUGCCAGGGGCACCUCAGCAAAGGAACCUGUGCCCAAGGCUCCCUGCUGCGGGCUUGGUGCAGCACUAUAUACAGCUUGUACUUUUGAAAGGAAAACUAAAUGCUUUGUCACAAGUUGUAAUUGCAAAUCUUAGGUCUCCUUCUAGUGGACUGCAGUGGACCAGGAAAUAACUGGAGCAGCAGUUUGUUUUAUGGCUUAUACUACUUGUUAGCAGCCACUGGUGAUACUCUGUAUAAUACUGGGGAUGCAAAUGUGAGGAAAAAAAAGUGUCAUUGCAAUGAUGAUCUGUCUGUGCAGCAAACUUGUGCUGAGUGAGUGCUGUAAAUACAUUCAUGUUUACUGCUUUAAAAAGAAAAUUGCACAUUUUAUCUUUCAAUGGGAUUGCCUCCCCUCUUCUUCCCUUUCCAAAAAGAAAAAUCAAAGCUCUUAGACUGAUAGCUUCAGGUCGGGGGGAGCUUUGCCAUAUUAUAAAUAUAUAUAAAUAUAUGUAUAAAUAUACUUUUUUAAGCAUGGGAGAGGACAAAAGAAAAUACUACGUUAUAGAGUACCCAAUAUAGUUCAUUAUACAAUGGAAUAUGCACAAUUCAAUAAAGAUGUAGUUAAAUUUAA